AGGCCGGUUGUAGCCUCCCCACGCACAUCUGUGCCACUGUGGAUGGUCGCCCUUAUUGUGUUUGGAGUGUUGGCGAUCCUUGGAAUAACCAUUGGUCUCCUGGUUCACUUUCUAGCAGUAGAAAACAGGACCUACUACUACCAAGGUAGCUUUAAUGUGCUGGACAUCCCAUAUAAUAGAAAUUAUGAAAGGGAAACAUCACCAGAAAAUAACUAUCUUAGCAAAAUUCUUGAGACUAGGAUGGAUGAUGCAUUUCAAAGUUCUAGCAUUUACAGACAAUAUAUCAAUUCUCAAGUCAUCACACUGGUUCCUGAGAACAACAGUGUGACAGCACAGAUAUGGCUGGUAUUCAAGGCUCCCAGAUCAACGAAGGAGAAUACAAGAAGAAGAAUUGAAAGCAUUUUACGGCAGAUGCUGGGGAACCACUCAGGGUCCUUGACGACAGAUCCUAAUUCUCUGAGACUUGUGGAAAUCAGUAAGGUUGAUGCUGAAAAAAUUAUCAACAGCCGCUGUGGGAGACGAGCAAGGAUGUCAGCUACAUAUGAUAGAAUCAGGGGAGGCUCCACUGCUCAGGAAGGAGAAUGGCCAUGGCAAGCGAGUCUCAAAAAGAAUGGGAAACACUACUGUGGGGCAUCCCUGAUCAGCGAAAGAUACCUGGUGACUGCAGCUCACUGCUUUCAAAAGACAAAAGAUCCAAAAAACUAUACUGUCAGCUUUGGCACUAAAGUAACUCCCCCCUAUAUGCAACAUUAUGUUCAACAAAUUAUUAUUCAUGAAGACUACAUCCAGGGUGAAAAACAUGACGAUAUCGCAAUUAUACUGCUCACUGAAAAAGUUUCAUUUAAGAAAGAUGUACACCGAGUUUGUCUUCCUGAAGCUACACAGAUUUUUCCACCAGGUGAAGGAGUAGUUGUUACAGGAUGGGGAGCACUUUCAUAUGAUGGUGAAUACCCAGUGUUGCUUCAGAAAGCACCUGUGAAGAUUAUUGAUACAAAUACUUGUAAUGCUCAAGAAGCCUAUUAUGGUAUGGUGCAGGACACAAUGCUAUGUGCCGGGUACAUGGAAGGAAAUAUUGACGCCUGCCAGGGUGAUUCUGGAGGACCACUAGUUCAUCCCAAUUCUCGAAAUAUCUGGUAUCUUGCUGGAGUAGUAAGCUGGGGACAUGACUGUGGUAAAAUCAAUAAGCCGGGGGUCUAUGUGCGAGUGACUGCCUACCGCAACUGGAUUGCCUCCAAGACUGGUAUCUAA